AUGGCACUUGCUCCUACCGACACAAAAUGGACCGUAGGGUUCGACACCCUCCGGCGAGAAAACCUUUUCAAAAAUCCGCCAAAAGACAAAUCCGCCUAUCCCAUGCUACAGGCGGCCAUCCGACCUCACAUCGAUUCAUUCAAUGCGCUUUUCGGAGAAAGCAAGAUUAUGGAGGAAGCCCUGAAGGACAUGGGAGCUAAGACCUUCUUGGAUGGUGAUAUUGAGACUCCGGAACAGCGAAAACUACGAAAAGCCAGAGGUCAACCACCUCCACAACGUAAUAGCCUAAAUUUGCGCAUCACGGAGAUUUUCCUCGACAAAGCCGUGCUGCCGCCAACCAACAAAUUCGUCCCUCGUCAGGCUUCUGCCAGCGCUGACUACCGUAAUAUAUACCCUGCCGAAUGCAGAGAACGACAUGCCACAUAUCGAGGACGAUUGCGCGCAAGACUUCAAUACCAGGUCAACAAUGGAGAAUGGCGCGAGUCCGUACGAGAGUUGGGUCAGGUGCCGCUGAUGUUGAGGUCUAACAGAUGUCAUUUGGAAUCGUUCAGUCCCCAGGAAUUGGUGGAUCAUAAGGAAGAAUCCGAGGAAUUGGGUGGUUAUUUCAUUGUUAAUGGAAACGAAAAGUUGAUCCGAAUGUUGAUCAUGCCCAAACGCAACUUCCCCAUGGCGAUCAAUCGACCUUCUUUCCAAAAACGUGGUGUCGGGUUUACCACGUUUGGUGUUCAGAUUCGAUCCGCCCGACCGGAUCAAACCACACAAACCAAUGUCCUUCAUUAUUUGUCUGAUGGAAAUGUCACCUUCCGAUUUUCAUGGCGGAAGCAAGAAUAUCUUGUCCCUGUUAUGAUGAUUUUGAAGGCACUUGUUGAGACCAAUGAUCGCGAAAUCUUUGAAGGCAUCGUCGGCAAUGCCUCGUCAAAGGGAUCUGCCAACACUUUCGUCACCGACCGUGUCGAGCUGCUUCUGAGAACAUUCCACGGUUACAAGAUUUGGUCUCGAUCAGACGCCAGAGCUUACCUGGGAAAGAAGUUCCGUCCUGUUUUAUUUGCGCCUGCCACCUGGACACACGAAGAAUGCGGAACUGAGUUUUUGCGAAAAAUUGUCCUACCACAUCUCGGCAACCAAAAUGUUACGACCACACAAGACUAUGACAAAUUCAAAUUGAUCCUAUUCAUGAUCCGAAAACUUUAUUCCUUCGUCGCUGGCGACUGUGCCUCUGACAAUCCUGAUGCCGUUUCUAACCAGGAGAUCAUGCUUGGUGGUUACGUUUACGGCAUGUUGUUGAAAGAAAGGCUUGAAGAAUGGCUGUUGAGUUUUGGCAGACUCCUCAGGGACUGGUCAUACAAAGGUGGCAACCUCAAAUUCACAGACCCAAUGUUCGAGAAGGAUUUCAUAUCCAAGGUUAUCAAGCGCACAAACGAGAACUUGGGUGGAGCUUUGGAGUAUUUCUUGUCAACCGGCAACUUGGUCAGUCCCACUGGAUUGGAUAUGCAACAAGCUUCUGGUUUUACUGUGGUUGCUGAAAAGAUUAACUUCUAUCGAUUUAUUUCCCAUUUCCGCAUGGUUCACAGAGGUACUUUCUUCGCUCAGCUCAAGACCACAACCGUGCGUAAGCUGUUGCCUGAAAGUUGGGGUUUCAUGUGUCCUGUGCACACUCCUGAUGGUUCUCCAUGUGGAUUGCUUAACCAUUUGGCUCACAAAUGUCUUGUUUCUACGAGUGACUUGGAUGUUGCACAUAUUCCUCGUGUCUUGGCGCAACUGGGCAUCAAGACCGAAUCCUCCGCUGAGGUCACUGAGUCUGUCUGUGUACAACUGAACGGACGAGUUAUCGGUUAUUGUUCACCAAAGCAAGCUAAGAUGAUUCAUGACACUUUACGGUUCUGGAAGGUUGAGGGCACACAUGGUAUUCCCAAAGAGCUCGAGAUUGGCUACAUCCCGAACAUGCAGGGUGGUCAAUACCCUGGUAUUUACAUGUCCUCACAACCAGCACGAAUGUAUCGCCCUGUCAAAUAUUUGGCACUUGACAAGCUGGACUAUGUGGGACCUUUUGAACAACCGUUUAUGGAAAUUGCUUGCUUGGAAGAGGACAUCCGCUCAGGCCUCUCAACACACAUCGAGUUCACGCCAACCAACAUGUUCUCAAUUAUUGCCAACAUGACACCAUUUUCUGAUAAUAAUCAGUCUCCCCGUAAUAUGUACCAGUGUCAGAUGAGUAAGCAGACCAUGGGUACUCCGGGAACUUCAAUCGCCUUCCGCACCGACAACAAGAUGUACCGACUCCAGACUGGUCAGACACCAAUCGUUCGAUCACCAUUAUACAACGAAUAUGGAUUGGAUAACUUCCCUAACGGUUGUAAUGCGAUCGUGGCUAUCCUGUCCUAUAGUGCAUACGACAUGGAUGAUGCGAUGAUUAUCAACAAAUCCUCGCACGAGCGUGGGUUCGGCCAUGGUACCGUUUACAAGACGAAGUUCUACAACCUAGAUGAUAAGGAUUCACGACGAAACAAGUCUAAACGUGAAAUCAGCAAGCUUUUUGGAUUUGCUCCAGGCGCUGAAAUCAAGGCUGAAUGGCGCACGACCCUCGACGAGGAUGGUCUACCCCAUCCUGGUGUCAAGGUCAAGGAAGGAAGCUAUGUAGCAGCUUGGUAUAACGUGCGCUACGACGCCGGUAGUGAUUCAUACGUCAAUGUUGACGGACAAACGCACUUCCUCAAGUACAAGGAUGCGGAAGAAGGCUACAUUGACACUGUCCGGUUGGUUGGAAAUGAGAACGGAAACGAGCCGCUGCAAGCCAUCAGUGUCAAAUACCGUGUCCCGCGUAAACCUAUCAUUGGUGACAAGUUCUCUUCUCGACACGGUCAGAAGGGUGUGUGUUCGCAAUUGUGGCCUGCGAUUGAUAUGCCGUUCUCUGAAAGUGGUAUUAUGCCCGACUUGAUCAUCAACCCUCACGCUUUCCCAUCCCGUAUGACAAUCGCCCAAAUCAUCGAAUCCAUGGCCGGCAAAGCCGGGGCCCUCCACGGCCACCCCGUAGACUGCACACCCUUCCAAUUCAACGAAGAAAACACCGCAGCCGACUACUUUGGCCACCAACUCCGCAAAGCAGGUUAUAACUACCAUGGCAAUGAACCCAUGUACAGUGGUAUCACUGGAAAAGAGUUCGCCGCCGACAUUUACCUAGGUGUUGUUCACUACCAACGUCUCCGACACAUGGUCAAUGAUAAAUUCCAAGUCCGUACCACGGGUCCCGUGAACAGUGUGACCGGUCAACCCGUCAAGGGUCGUUCCAAGGGUGGUGGUAUCCGUGUCGGAGAGAUGGAGCGUGAUUCAUUGCUGGCGCACGGUUGCGCGUUCUUGUUACAGGAUCGAUUGAUGAACUGUUCUGAUUCUACACGUGCUUGGAUCUGUCGUGACUGUGGCUCCUUCCUUUCUACCCAGGUUGCCGUUUCCUCGAACGGCCCAUCUGGAGGAUUGGCUGAUGCAGCAAGCAAAGCUGCCCUCGCAGCAGCCGCAAAGGCAACACCUAACAACCAAGUCAUCACCUCAAACCUCUCACGUAUAAGCUCCGUGAACGCCCUCGGCGGCACAAACGGUAUCGUGCGAUGCCGCCGCUGCGCACGGGAAGCCGUCUUUGACGAUUCCCGCGCUAUGAUUUGGGAGGAUGGCGAUGGCAAUCGGUUCGUCGGUGGUGAUAAUGUCACCGUUGUCGUUGUGCCUGGUGUGUUGAGGUAUUUGGAUGUUGAGUUGGCGGCCAUGGGUAUUCGUCUGAAGUUCAAGGUUGACCAUUAG